AAAAAAAAAGUGCCAAUCAAUAUGUAUACUCGAAACUCAACGACGACAAUGAAGUCAGGCCGAAGUGGUGGCAAUAGUGUUGGUGGCACUUCUAGUACUGGUAAUGGUGGGGAUAAUACCGGCUACGUCAUGGCUGGUGGAGCACCAAAUUCCUUUCAACCAGUUGAAGGUGGACCGCGUGCGCGUACGGAUGUAACGGCAACAAAUAUUGACCGUCAUUUAAUUCAAAAUAAUAAUAAUAAUAGUAAUAAAACAAAUACAAAUACCGGCUUUGGUUUUAGCCAAUUAAAUAUUUAUACAAAAAGUAAUAACAAUCAAAUAAAUAAUACACCAAAUUAUAAUCCACCACCGCCAUCAUCACAAGGAUAUUAUAAUCAAUAUCCUUUAAACGAUCAGCAACAGCUCUAUCAACACCCGCAACAGAGCCAACUGCAAAAGCAGAAACUAUAUCAACAGCAAUCACUCAAUAGCGGCAGUAGUGCUGAUUACUAUCAACAACAACAACAGGACGAAAAUUUCGACGAAGACAUGGAAGCAGAACGUGAUCUCGCUGAAGACGCCCAAUGGAAGAAAAUCCAACAAAAUACAUUCACUCGCUGGGCGAAUGAACAUCUAAAGACAAUCGAUCGUUCAAUUGCAAGUCUUGAGACAGAUCUAUCCGAUGGAUUGCGUUUAAUCGCUCUCAUUGAAGUUCUAUCUCAAAAACGCAUGCCCAAGUAUAAUAAACGACCAACAUUCCGUAGUCAAAAAUUGGAAAAUGUAUCGGUGGCGUUGAAAUUUCUCGAAGAUGAAGGAAUUAAAAUUGUUAAUAUUGAUUCUUCUGAUAUUGUAGACUGCAAGUUGAAACUUAUUCUCGGCUUAAUAUGGACACUCAUUCUUCAUUAUUCCAUCUCAAUGCCAAUGUGGGAUGGCGAAGACGAAAAUCAAAUGAACGGUACAGGUGCAACACCUAAACAGAGACUUCUCAACUGGAUCCACACUCGUAUCCCAGAGAUGCCAAUUAAUAAUUUCACAAAUGACUGGACUAGCGGUAAGGCAGUUGGUGCCUUGGUUGAUGCUUGUGCACCUGGUUUGUGCCCUGAUUGGGAUAUGUGGGAUCCAAAGGAUGCUGUACAAAAUGCAUCUGAAGCCAUGGGCUUGGCUGAUGAUUGGUUAAAUGUUCGUCAAUUGAUCAAACCAGAAGAAUUAGUCAAUCCAAAUGUUGAUGAACAAUCAAUGAUGACAUAUUUAUCACAAUAUCCAAAUGCUAAGUUGAAGACUGGUGCUCCAUUAAGACCAAAGACCAAUCCAAAUAGCAUUCCUCCUCCCCGAGUCCGUGCUUAUGGUCCAGGAAUUGAACCAAUCGGCCCAGUUGUUGCUGCACCAGCCAAUUUCACCGUUGAAACAUUUUCUGCUGGCAAAGGAAAUGUUGAAGUUGAAAUCAUUGGUCCCAAUGGUCAACCAGAAAAAGCUGAAGUUCGUUUCAAUAAUGACAAGAAUCUAACCUAUUCCAUUUCGUACAUCCCCAAAAUGGAAGGUGAUCACAAAGUUUAUGUAAAAUACUCCGGUCGUGAUAUUCCAAAGAGUCCAUUCAAUGUCAAGGUCGAAGGUCAUGCUGGUGAUGCUUCUAAAGUUAAAGCAACCGGUCCCGGUCUACAACCUAGUGGAGUUUAUAUCAAUAAACCAACAUUCUUUGACAUUUUAACCAAAGGUGCUGGUCGUGGAGUCCCAGAAGUUAUCAUUAUUGAUCCAGCAAAUCAUAAGACCUCUGUUCCAGCUAAGGUUAGACAAGUCGAAGAUGAUGUUUGGCGUUGUGAAUAUGUUACACCACUCACUGGUUUACAUUCGAUUAAUGUCUUCUAUGCUGGAACUCCAAUUCCAAACAGUCCCUUCCCGGUGAAGGUUUCUCCACUCUCUGAUGCCCGGAAAGUUCGUGCAAGUGGACGUGGUCUUCAAAGUACUGGCGUAAGAUGUGGAGAUGAUGCUGAUUUCAAGGUCUACACAGAUGGCGCUGGUGAGGGUAUACCCGAAGUUAGGGUUAUUGGACCCGGUGGAUCUAAUCAAAAUGUCGCUCUAACCAAAAUCGAUGGAACUACCUAUGAAGCACAUUACUUCCCUACCAAGGAAGGUCGUUAUGUUGUUAUGGUAACUUUCGGAGGUCAAGAAGUCCCCAAGAGUCCAUUCGAAGUUAAAGUUGGACCCAAGAAGGAAUCAUCAAUUGUUGCCUAUGGACCUGGCUUAACCGGUGGCGUUAUUGGAUAUCCAGCAGCUUUUGUUGUUGAGACUAAUGGCGAAACUGGUGCUCUAGGUUUCACCGUUGCCGGUCCAUCUCAAGCCGAAAUUGAAUGUCACGACAAUGGUGAUGGCUCAGCUUUGGUCAAAUACCAUCCAACAGCUGUAGGAGAAUAUGCAGUUCAUAUUCUUUGCGAUAAUGAAGAUAUCCCUAAGAGUCCCUUCAUCGCACAAAUUCUCCCAAGAACUGAUUUCCAUCCUGAACUUGUUAAGGCCCACGGCCCUGGAUUGGAGAAAAAUGGCAUCACUAUUGGUGAACCAACUUCAUUCACAGUUGACACCUCUAAAGCUGGUAACGCUCCUCUGGAAGUUAUUGUCGAAGAUGUUUAUGCUACCAAGAUUCCAGUAAAGGUCCAAGACAAGCCUGAUGGCACUAAGUUGUGCACCUAUACUCCAAUGUCUGGCGUUCCACACACUGUGGAAGUGAAUUAUGGAUGCGUCGCUACUCCCAACUCCCCACAUCGUGUCUAUGUAGGAGUCCCAAUUGAUCCAACCAAGGUUCAAGCUUUCGGACCCUGGUUGGAACCAGGUGUUAAACCCAAUGUUGCCACACACUUCAAUGUUGACGCUCGCGAGGCAGGUGACGCUGAACUCCAAGUGAAGAUCAUCCACGAAGACACCAAAGCUGAGGUCCCUUGCCGUGUCAUUGACAACGAAGACAGCACCUACACUGUGGAAGUUAUUCCACCAGCAAAUGGUGCCUACACCACAUCCAUGACCUAUGGCGGUCUACGAGUUCCACUUGGCCCCAAAGUUGUAGUUCAACACACCAUCGACGUUUCCAAAAUCAAAGUGGACGGUCUCGAACCAACUGCACCAUUGAAUAGUCUACAGCAGUUCCGGGUCAUUACGAAUGGCCUUCCGAGGGCGGAUCUAUCGGUAACAAUAACAAGUCCAUCUGGAAAUCGUGUCAAAGCACAUAUCAUACCCACAGCUGAGGGGUUCCUGGUAAAUUUCACACCUACCCAGUUAGGAGAGUACCUUUUGAGUAUUUGUUUUGGUGGAAGUCCUAUAACGCCUAGGCCCUUCCGAUUGCAAUGUCUCACUGGUAGUGACUCGAAUAAAGUACGUGCCUUCGGUCCAGGUUUGGAACGAGGUAUUAUUGGCCAACCGGCAGAAUUUAUUAUAGACACCCGAGGAGCUGGUCAAGGCGGACUUGGAGUAACCGUUGAGGGACCUUGUGAAGCGGCUAUAAACUGCCGUGACAAUGGUGACGGUACAUGUAACGUUGCCUAUUUACCAACCGAAAUGGGAGAUUAUACAGUGAAUGUUACAUUUAACGAUCGUCAUGUUAAUGGAUCACCAUUUCAACCAAUCAUAGUACCGCUGCCAAAUUUAAACAAGAUCCGAGUGACUGGCAUAGGAAUUCAGCCACACGGUGUCAUAAUGAAUGCUCCCGUUGACUUUUCCGUUGACAUGAGCAAAGUUGGUAACGAUAUCGACACGAAGAAGCUUUCCUGCGCCAUCUUUGAUCCCAAGGGAAAUGUUCUACCAAGCAAGGUCAGUCAAGGUCCUAAAGAUGAUGUCUUCCGAAUUAUGUACACACCAUUCGAAGCUGGACGACACACUAUUGAGUUGAUGUAUGAUAAUGUUCCAAUUCCUGGAUCACCAUUUGUGGUUCAUGUGAAGAGCGGUUGUGAUCCAUCACGUUGCAAGGCUUACGGGCCAGGUCUUGAGAAAGGUUACACCAACAAGAAUAACAAAUUCACUGUGGAAACUAAGGGUGCCGGAACUGGUGGCCUUUCGUUGGCUAUCGAGGGACCUUCUGAGGCUAAGAUGAGUUGUAUUGAUAACAGGGAUGGAAGUUGUGACGUAGAGUACUUGGCUACUGACCCCGGCGAGUAUGAUAUCACUAUCCGUUUCGCUGACAAACAUAUUCCCGGAUCACCAUUCAGAGUGGUUGUGGAAGAAACUGUUGAUCCCUCAAAGGUUAAGGUCUAUGGACCUGGUAUUGAACAUGGUCAAGUUAGGGAAGGUCUACCAACUUAUUUCAAUGUUGAUGUUGCUGAAGCUGGUCCCGGAAGAAUUGCCGUUAAACUGACAAAUUCUGAGGGUAUUCCUGUGGAUAAUUUGAAUGUUGAAGAAAAGGGUAAUGGAGUUUAUGCUGUGCAUUAUGUUCCACCCAAGCAGGGAUCAGUUCUGACGUGCCAAGUUAAAUUCUCUGAUGUUGAAGUGCCAUGCAGCCCCUUCGUUAUGACUGUCUUCCCCAAGGCUGAGCCAGAAAAUGUGAAAAUAGUUGGACCCAGUGAAAAGAAGAAGCUACCAGCUUCUUUGCCAGCUAAAUUCCAAAUCGACACAAAGACCGCCGGAGAAGCUGAUAUCAAUGUUGAGAUAAAGAAUCCCAAAGGCAAACCAAUUGUUCCAAUUUUGGAAAAGAUCGAUAACAAUACAUAUAUUUUGUCGUUUAUUCCUGACGAAUGUGGAACGUAUCACAUUAGUGUGCUUUAUGGUGAAAAACAUAUUCAUGGAUCUCCAUUUACUUUGCAAGCAUUUGCAACUGGUGAAGCUAAGAAAUGUAAACUUAUGGCUGAAGCACCAAAAAUUCAACCAUCGGGAAGUAAGAGUCAUUUGAGUGUGGAUGCUAGAGAUGCCGGUGAUGGCGCUGUUACUUGCAAAGUUACAUCAAAGAGUGGAAAGGAAAUCGUUGAUAUCGAUGUGAUUGAAAAAGAUGGACUCUUUGAUAUCUAUUAUGCAUUGAAAGAUCCUGGCGAGUAUGAUUUGAAUUUGAAAUUCGGUGGACAAAAUAUACCAAAUGGCAGCUUUUCAAUUAAGGCUGUUGAAAGUGUUGAAGAAUACCAUAAAUCAUCAUAUCUCGAACAAUCACACACAGUUGUACAAAAAUCUGUAACAACUGCUGAGCAAAUUAUUAAGGAGCAACACACUUUAGUGAACGGAAAAUCUGAAAUCACAUACCGCACAGUCACUUUAGAGAAAUUACCUUUGCCAAGUACUGGAGGAAACGUCAUGGCUGAAGUAAAAAUGCCAAGUGGAAAAGUCGAUCAACCUGUUAUUGAAGACAAUCGUGAUGGUACCGUAUCGAUUAAAUACGAUCCCAAGGAGGAAGGUAUUCACGAAUUGGUUGUUAAAUACAAUGGAGAACAAGUUCAAGGUUCACCUUACAAAUUCCAUGUUGAUUCAAUUGCAUCGGGCUAUGUUACUGCCUACGGUCCUGGUUUAACUCAUGGUGUCUCUGGAGAACCAUGCAACUUUACAAUUUCCACCAAGGGUGCUGGUGCCGGUGGACUCUCGUUGGCUGUUGAAGGACCAAGCAAGGCUGAUAUUCGUUACCAUGACAACAAAGAUGGUACAGUUUCAGUAACCUACCUUCCAACUGCUCCUGGUGAAUACCAAAUUGCCGUACGUUUCGGUGAUAAGAACAUCAAAGGAUCACCUUUCUUUGCCAAAAUCACUGGAGAAGGUCGUAAACGUAAUCAAAUUUCUGUUGGUUCCUGUUCUGAAGUUACACUUCCUGGUCAAAUUACCGAUGAUGAUUUGAGAGCAUUGAAUGCAUCUAUUCAGGCCCCUGGAGGUCUUGAGGAACCAUGCUUCCUUAAACGUAUGCCAAGUGGAAAUAUUGGUAUUUCCUUUACUCCGCGUGAAACUGGUGAACAUUUGGUAUCGGUAAAACGUAUGGGCAAACAUAUCCCCAACUCACCAUUCAAGGUUACCGUCUGUGAACGUGAAGUCGGUGAUGCCAAGAAGGUUAAAGUAUCUGGCAAGGGUCUCGAAGAAGGUAAAACUCAUGCUGACAACGUAUUUGCCGUCGAUACCCGUAAUGCUGGUUAUGGUGGUCUUUCACUAUCCAUUGAAGGUCCCAGCAAGGCUGAAAUUCAAUGCACCGAUCAGGAUGAUGGAACUUUAAGCAUCUCCUACAAACCAACUGAACCUGGUUACUAUAUUGUAAAUUUGAAAUUCGCCGAUCAUCAUGUUGAAGGUUCUCCAUUUACUGUCAAAGUAACUGGUGAGGGGUCAAAUAGGAAACGUGAGAAGAUCCAACGUGAGCGUGAUGCAGUGCCACUCACUGAAAUCGGAAGUCAGUGCAAGUUGACCUUCAAGAUGCCUGGUAUCACAUCAUUCGAUUUGGCAGCAUGCGUUACCUCUCCCAGCAAUGUCACUGAAGAUGCUGAAAUCCAAGAAGUCGAAGACGGACUUUACUCUGUCCAUUUCGUUCCAAAGGAACUUGGAAUUCACACUGUGUCUGUGCGUUAUAAGGAAAUGCACAUCCCCGGAUCACCUUUCCAGUUCACAGUCGGUCCACUCAGGGACUUUGGUUCCCAUUUGGUUAAAGCCGGUGGUCCUGGCUUGGAACGCGGUCAAGUUGGUGCCCCAUCUGAAUUCAAUGUAUGGACUCGUGAAGCUGGCGGUGGAUCACUCGCUAUCUCAGUCGAAGGUCCCAGCAAGGCUGAAAUUGAAUUCAAGGAUCGCAAAGACGGUUCCUGUGAUGUCUCCUACAAAGUCACCGAACCCGGCGAGUACCGUGUUGGCUUGAAAUUCAAUGAUCGCCAUAUUCCAGACUCACCCUACAAGGUGUACAUUUCGCCCGAACAAGGUGACGCUCACAAACUUGAAGUCCAACAGUUUCCACAAGGAAAUAUCCAAGCCGAUGCACCAUAUCAAUUUAUGGUUCGCAAAAAUGGCGCCAAAGGUGAGCUGGAUGCCAAGAUUGUUGCUCCAUCGGGCACCGACGAUGAUUGCUUCAUCCAGGUGAUCGAUAGUGAAAUGUAUUCAGUUCGUUUCUACCCGCGUGAAAAUGGAAUCCAUGCCAUUCAUGUUAAGUUCAAUGGAGUCCACAUACCUGGAUCACCAUUUAGAAUCAAGGUUGGCAAAGAUGUUGCCGAUCCAGCUGCUGUACAUGCUUCUGGAACAGGCUUGGAAGAAGUCAAGUCCGGUCACAAGGCUGACUUUAUUAUAAAUACCUGCAAUGCUGGUGUUGGUUCAUUAUCGGUCACAAUUGAUGGACCCUCAAAGGUUUCUCUGGAUUGCACGGAAGUCGAGGAGGGUUACAAAUGUAGGUACACACCUCUUCUGCCAGGAGAUUACUAUGCUUCGAUUAAGUAUAAUAACAUGCACAUUGUUGGAUCACCUUUCAAGAUCAGUUGCACAGGAGAUAAACUCGCUGAUGAAGGUGCCCAGGAAACAUCCACAGUUAUUGUAGAUACUGUUGCCAAAAUUGCCAAGGCUGGCAAGAAUACUGGCGCCCACAUACCGAUCUUCAAGUCUGACGCGACCAAGAUCACAUCGAAGGGUAUGGGUCUGAAACGAGGAUUCAUGGGCAAACAAAACCAGUUUACAAUUGGUGCUACAGAUGCGGGUAACAACAUUCUGUAUGUUGGUAUGUACGGACCAAAGGGUCCUUGUGAAGAAUUCAACAUUAAACACACAGGACUCAACAAUUACAAUGUCAGUUACAUGGUGCGCGAGCGUGGCGAUUAUAUUCUCAUAGUCAAAUGGGGUGAUGAACAUAUUCCCGGAUCUCCAUUUAAGGUUGAAGUUUAAGUUUAAAAAAUUAAAAAAUUAAAAAAAAAAACAAUACGUCGUAUUAAUUUUUGUAUUUUAAUUCAUAAAAAAAAAACAA